AGGCAGGCUUGUGUCUAAGCUCAUCCCGCCUGGCGCGUGCGCAGACAAUAAACCGACGCCCCGGAGUUGAGGCGCGGGUUUGGUGGCGCGUUUUAGCUGAGUCGCACGUGAAGGGUAGCAGUGAUCGGAGCCGGACCCAGCCAUGGCAGCAGGCUCAGGAAGCAGCUCUCCAUGGGGGAAGCAUCUGUACAAAGCCAUCCUGAUAGUCCUGGUGGCCCUCGUCCUCCUCCACUCAGCAUCAUCCCAGUCCCAUCGAGACUUUGCACCACCAGGGCAACAGAAGAGGGAGGCCCCUGUCGAUCUCUUGACUCAGAUAGGCCGAUCUGUGCGAGGGACCCUGGAUGCCUGGAUCGGGCCAGAGACCGUGCAGCUGGUUUCGGAGACUUCGUCUCAGGCGAUGUGGGCCAUCUCUUCAGCCAUCUCUGUGGCCUUCUUUGCUCUGUCUGGGAUUGUCGCACAACUUCUGAACGCCUUGGGGCUAGAUGGUGAUCACCUCACCCAGGGACUGAAGCUCAGCCCCGGGCAGGUCCAGACCUUCCUGCUGUGGGGAGCCGGGGCCCUGGUCAUCUACUGGUUGCUGUCCCUGCUCCUCGGCUUACUCUUGGCCUUGCUGGGACGGAUCCUGUGGGGCCUGAAGCUUGUCAUCUUCCUGGCAGGCUUUGUGGCCCUGGUGAGGUCGGUCCCCGACCCUUCCACCCGGGCCCUGCUGCUGCUGGCCCUGCUGACCCUCUACGCCUUGCUGAGCCGGCUCACUGGCACCCGGGCCUCUGGGGCCCAGCUGGAGGCCAAGGUGCGGGGGCUGGAGCGCCAGGUGGAGGAACUGCGCUGGCGGCAGAGGCGUGCAGCCAAGGGGCCCCGGAGCGUGGAGGAGGAGUGAGAAGGAUGCCUGGCAGUGCCACCUGCGUCAUACCAAAGAGCUGAGCUGCUUUUGGUUGCACAGCCUCCCUCCAGCCCCCUGUCCUUUUCUUGCCCUGUCUCCGAACCUCCAGAACCUUUGCCUUUACGCCAGACCCCCUAGCUCAGCAAGAGGAAGCUCAUUCCCCCUGCUGGUCCCCAGGGGUCCUGUCUCCUGAGGUUCUCUGUCUGGGUUGGUUUUCAUAACCCUUGCUGUGCUCCCAGCCUGUCUUAACAGGGCAGGUGGGAUAGAAGGCAGCCCCAGCUUCUGCAUCUGCUGUCAGCCAGCAUCACUGCCACUGGUCUCCCCUGACGUUGACUGGCUCCCCCUGCUGUUGCCUCGCCCCCUCCUGCUGCUCUUGUUCAUCUGUCCUGUAGCUCGUCCCUUGCAAGUCCCUGCUCCCUGCCUGGUUUCUUCUUCCUUCCAGCCCUGUACUCCAACCAAAGCACAGUCCCUCAAGGCAGGCCCCUGCCCUCUUCCCUGCCCAGCAGUGGGGAAGAAGCCAGGGAUGUGGGGGCCUGAGGAUGGGGGGGCAGGGUCCCCGAGGCCUGUGGUGGAGUUCCAGCAUGGGGCUGGGGGUGAAGAUGCACACUGAGUCUGUUAUAAGUGCCUUAAUCCAGCCAGCGGGGCCCUCUGCUUGCCAGUGGCUGUGCUGUGUGUAGGCAAGUGGACUGUGUCUGCUUCGUGUCAAGAAGAGAGCAGCUCCCUGCAGAAUCUUGAUUCCCUUUCAGCCAAAGCAAAAGAGGGCUGCUUCUUCAUAGGCUUGUGCCUGCAAGUGGGACCCUGCAAGGGGCCGUCAGGUUCCCUGUGGGCAUUCAGAGACCCUGAAGGAGGAAGGUGGACCAUCUCCUUGUCUGCACAGUCCAGGCUAUUCUCUGUCCGCUCAUUGCCACCGAGGCCCAGGAGGAGCACAGAAACCAGAUUCGUCCCAUUGUCCCUUUCCCUGCUCGUGCUCUGUGUGGGGCAGAGUGGGCCUACUGGCUGACCCUUCUCUACUGGGUCCUCAUUCUUAGCCAUGAAAGGCCGCUUCUUCCCUGGAAGCUCUGGUAGGGGUGGGUGUUCUCAGCCAGGCCUGGCCUAUGAUGUGAAGAAUAAAUGCCCAAUUCUUACUGUUAAGGUUUGAUGUGGAAUCACAGCUGCAGUGAUAAGUAUAUUUUUAUCAGUGCUUGGUUGGUUUUUAAAUAAAGUGCACGCUAUUUUAUUAUCUUG